GCUAAGUCAAGCAACAAGCCUAAGCCUCCAACACUUGGAUUUGUUUGGUUGUAGUCUAGCAGGGUUUCAUUGUGCAUAGCAAUGGACAAGGUGAUGAAGUUGGCGUCGCAGAGGGCAGUCGUCGUGUUUAGCUUGAGCUCGUGUUGUAUGUGCCACACCGUGAAGAGCCUCUUCCAUGACCUUGGUGUCAAUGCCGCUAUCCAUGAGCUCGACGAGGUCCCGUGGGGGCGAGAGAUGGAGAAAGCUCUGGCUAAGCUCGUGGGGCGAAACUCACCGGUGCCAGUCGUGUUCAUUGGAGGGAAGUUGAUUGGAUCGACCGACAAAAUCAUGUCGUUGCACCUCGGGGGCAGGCUGGUCCCUCUCCUUCGCGAUGCGGGCGCGCUUUGGGUUUGA